AUGCGCUUCACUGUCACCGCCGCCACGUUCGCCUUGCUUGCCGCAUACGCCGCCGCUCAGUCCGGCCUGACGAUCAACACACCCAGCAGCCUAAUCGUUUGCGUCCCCUCGCUGAUCCAGUGGAACGGGGGCCAGGGUCCGUACUUCCUCACCGUCAACCAGGGUGGCAGCCAGUCUGUCAUCCUCGAGACGCUAGUCAACGGCCAGAACCAGACGUCGUACACAUGGAACGUCAACCUUUCCGCCGGCACAUCUGUCACGCUCGCCAUCCGCGACUCGACGGGCGCGACGAACUUUGCCCAGGCGGUCACCAUCCAGGCCGGCAGCUCUACAUCAUGCAUGAGCAGCUCCGCGUCUAGCUCGUCUUCGCACUCCUCAACGUCGUCGUCUGCGCCGGCGACCACCAGCUCGACGACCGCGUCUUCGUCGACUACCAUCUCGUCCACCACCAGCUCCACCAGCUCCACCAGCUCUACCCCUUCAGCUACUUCAUCGGCUCCCAGUGUCACUAACGCCGCCACUGCCAACGUCGCCAACGCUGUCGGCGCCUUGGCCGUCGCUGCUGUCGCUGUUGCUCUUAUCUAA